AUGGUUUCGUUCUCUGCGACGGAACGACUUGGUCAAGAGAUCAUGUAGAAGAUCAGCCAGUAUCACGAAGAACUGGCGCGCAACAGCACUAAAGCUCCUGGAUUGGCAACGAGUAUUCGCACACUGAUGAAGAAAUUCGCAUCCAAUACGCAGAGCUUGAAGCAAGCCCUGGCAAGGACUACAGCGCAAGGAACACUCAAUAUUGUGGAAGUAAAUCGUCGUCAAGGGUUGAUGGACAAUCUGGUCAGCACAGAGAAGCGGUUAGAGCAGGCGUUUACAGCGAAAUCUACGGCUGCACAAAACCGCAACAGUCUGCUGGGUACGUCGACGACUUUAGGUUAUGGCAGUUCACAGAACAAUCCUUGGCUGACGGAGGAAGAGAAUGAGCAGACCCGCGGCCUGACCACGGAUAAUCUUCGCUCCCAGCACCAGCAGAUUUUACACGCAGGAUCGAGAUUGGAUGCUCUAUCAAAGAUUGUUGGGCGCCAGCGCGAAAUUGCCGUGGAUAUUGCGGCAGAAGUUGACAUUCAUAACGACAUUUUGGACGAGAUCGGUGGGCAGAUGGACAACGCCGAAGUUAAGUUAGCCAGGGAAACACGGAACGUGAAAGUCAUAUUGAAGAAGUCUCGGACCCACUGGUGUUUGUGGCUGCUGAUAGUUGCUCUUUUAAUUGCCAUAAUUGCUGUUGCUUGUAUUCCCAGGAAGAAAUGAUAAGAAUUCCGUCACCUUUAUUGAGAAUAUUCGACCUGACCCAUUUUCCUAUUUAUCUGUGAUUUUUUUAUUAGGCAGUCUGGAAGGUAUUAUUGUAUGCAUAUUGGAGAAUCUUUUAGCUUGAUGUAAUUUUUAUGGAAUGGUAUAGUCGAGUUUCCGGUACUUACCUGAAAGAAGAUUUGAUGUGUGGGUUUGAGAGUUGUGCUGGUAUUUUUUGUGGUGUAUUGUGUCAGAACUUACACGUUGUGUACUCGUAACUGUGCAGUAAAAAAUGAAGGUGA